UUAGAGGAAGCACGUCAAAUCUUGGAAGAGGAUGUGAUCGAUAAUGGUUCAGGGGAUGAUGAUGAUGCUGCUGAUGUAGAUCAGGCUGAGGAGGUACUCACUAGUCCGUUUCCGGGGGGCCCAUCAGAUCCAUCAGUACUGAAGAGCUUCAAGGCACAUAUUGCAGCAGCUAUAUGGGAGCAAAAGAGAGGAAUCCCUUAAGGUGUUAUAAUCAUGCGUCCAAGAUUAUUGAGUGGCGGUGGUGGUCAAGAACUGACAAUAGAAGGUUUAGGGACAUUGUGCAGCUGUCAGGCCUAUCUUCUUUGGUCCAUUGCACAUAUCGGUUCGUGAAUAGGAUUGUCAUAGCUGCAUUUGUUGAGCAAUGGCAACCAGAGACAAAUACUUUCCAUUUGACAGUUGGUGAGAUGAUGAUGACAUUGGAUGAUGUGGGUACCAUCUUGGGGAUCCCUAUCACAGGUAGAUCAAUUAGUGCUGCAACUUUAACAGAUCAACAGGCACAUGCACUUGUGGUAGAUGCCUUGGGAGUUGAUGAUGCUAAAGCAACUGAGGAGCUAUCAUCUGCUAGGGGACAAUCAGUGAAGCUGGAGUGGUUACGAACCAAAUUCAGUGGUUGCAAAGAUUCAGACACCGAGGAAUCCAUAGCUUGUGCCACCAGAGCGUAUUUGCUAUUUCUAUUGGGAUGUACAUUAUUCAGCGAUAAGAGUGGGACGAGAGUUCCUGUUGUGUAUGUCACACCCCAAAUCCGGGCAUGA